UUCUUUCGUAAAUAAUCCUCUUUUAGCCGGAUCUACGAAGAAACCAAAAGUUUCUGUCAUAGCAAGAGAAAAAAAAAAAUCAACUUUUGUAUUGAAUCCCUGUAAAUUCGCUAGAAGGUUCAAAACCCAUUAAAUUCUUACAUCUACCCCGUAUGGAUUUUAGUCAGCCUCCAGGUGAAAAUUAUGCCAACCCCAAGACGUGUUUCUUUCAUGUUCUCUUCAAGGCUGCAGCAUUGGCAUUUUACAUCCUUUCCGCUCUCUUUUUCAACAACUUUGUGGUCAUUUUUGUAGUGACUGUUCUUCUUUCUGCUCUUGAUUUUUGGGUGGUUAAGAAUGUCAGUGGACGUAUAUUAGUUGGUUUGAGGUGGUGGAAUGAAAUUAAUGAUCUUGGUGAGAGUGUGUGGAGAUUUGAAUGUCUUGACCAAGAGUCAUUGGCCCGGAUGAACAAGAAAGAUUCAUGGCUGUUUUGGUGGACCCUUUACCUUUCAGCAGUUUUUUGGAUUGUGCUUGGAAUAUUCUCUCUCAUAAGGUUUCAAGCUGAUUUUCUCCUUGUUGUUGGAGUUUGUUUAACUCUCAGCAUAGCAAAUAUUGUUGGUUUCACCAAAUGUCGCAAAGAUGCCAAGAAGCAGAUUCAACAGUUUGCUUCCCAGACCAUUGCCUCAAGAGUUUCAUCCACUAUACAAUCAGCAUUUAGUGUUAUCUGAAAUAGUCAAUAGUGAAAUACGGGAAUUACACGGAAGAAAAUGCACUGUAGAGGAGAAGUUGAGAAGUGUGGCAUGUACAAAACAACAACUAGUACUGAAUUGCCCGUUUCUGUGAACUAGGGGUUAAAAAUCAAAUGACUUUUAUGGUACCUCUAAUGCUUUGUAAAAUGAAUCACUCAAACCAAAAAAAAAGGUUUGUCACCACAAUCAUCAUCUUUCACUUACUACAUUUUGGUUGUCAGUACGAUGAAUUGCAUUCUUCCCUUAAGAGUUCUUGUUAUUGGUUUCGAUUCAUUCAACUUCUCUUCCCCUUGGUGUCAGAGAUGCCAACAGCA